UAUAUCUGGCAGCAACGCAGCAUCCUUAAUCCUCACUACAUCUCCAAUUCAGCCAUGACGAACGGAUACCUGUUCCGAGAGUACAUCGGCGCGCAGUUCAAGAACGUCCGCUUCUCCGAUGUGCCCAUCAACCCCAACCUCAGCUUCAACUUCAUCCUCGCCUUCGCCGUCGACUACACGGUGGGGGCAAGGCCCGUGCCCACCAACGGCGUCUUCAACGCGUUCUGGGACACGGCCAACCUCUCCCGCACCGACGUGGCCGCCAUCAAGGCCGCGCACCCCAACGUCAGCGUCAUGCUCGGCAUCGGCGGCGACAGCGUGCAGGACAUCGUCAAGGCCUUCUUCACGCCCACAUCCAUCGACUCCUGGGUCGCCAACGCCGUCGCCUCCCUCUCCACCCUCAUCACCCAGUACGGCCUCGACGGCAUCGACGUCGACUACGAGCACUUCUCCGUCGGCGCCGACACCUUCGUCGAGUGCAUCGGCCGCCUGCUCACCCAGCUCAAGGCAAAGUUCCCCAACAUCACCACCUCCAUCGCCCCCUUCGAGAGGGACGACGUCCAGCAGUACUACCAGGCGCUGUGGAAGAAGUACCCCCGCGUCAUCGACUACGUCAACUUCCAGUUCUACGGCUACGGCGACAACACCAACGUCGACUACUACGUCAAGUUCUACAACGACCAGCAGGCCAACUACCCCGGCUCCAAGCUCCUCGCCAGCUUCAAGACCGGCGACGUCACCGGCCUGCUCUCGCCCGACCAAGGCAUCAGCGCCGCCAAGGAGCUGCAGCGCCAGAACAAGCUUCCGGGACUCUUCAUCUUCUCAGCCGACAGCUCCAAGAUCAGCCCCUACGGGUUUAAAUACGAGACCAUGGCGCAGGAGAUCAUCGCCAACCAUUGAUAGAGUAGUUCUCCCAACAGAUCGACGACGGUGUAAUAAAUAAGCAUGGUGUUGUUGGGCUCGCCAAGAGCCUUAGAAUAAGUGCACUUGUGAUUGUGCACACGUAUUAAUUUGCGCGCGUCGCGUCUAUGGCUUCCUACAAGAGAUGCAAACUUCUUUGCAAAUUUCAAUAUGAUAAAUCAUGGCGUUUCUCAAAUAAA